CUCAGCAAACCUUAAAUGUUGUCUAAUAGAUUGUAAAACCAGUUCAAACUCAAAGCGUCCCAGUUGUUUAUUUAUAGUCACCCAAUUCAGUGACACAGCUGUUAGUGUUAGCACAAUCCGAACUGCACAGUGCAAUAAUAAUGCAGCGUGCCCGGUCGCGCCGCUGAGCCGCACGCCGCUUGUUGACGGAUCACCGCAUCCAAUAUUCGGAACGCACACAAAUGAUCACAAUAUGCCGGAUAAAUACGUGCCUCCGAAUGCAAUAGAUAAAGUUGCGGACGUCCGCGCGCGCUGAGUCACACCGCUCCAUCCAGUUACUUUUGUUCGGAAAAAUCUCAUCUCAAAAAUGUCUCAACGCUCGGGGACCGCGCUAUUGUUGAUUCUGGUUAUAACUGGGAGAGUUUACGAAACUGGCGCUGCGUUUCGGAAUUUCGAAACUUUGAAGACUACCGUUACCAUUGGUGCGAUAUUUCCACCGAACACGGUGACUGAGGUGGCGUUCGCCUCGGCGCUAGCGCGAGCGUCAAUGGAGAGCGAACACCACCACUACGUGAUGAAAGUGGUUUAUGCGCAGUACGGGGAUAGUUUCUCCGCGUCUAAAGCUGCAUGUCAGUUGACAGCGGCGGGGGUCAUUGCAAUAUUCGGCCCCACGGACCCCGAGUCCGCCACCGCCGUCGCCGCGAUCUGCCGCGCCGCCAAGAUACCGCAUGUUCAGGCAGUAUGGCAACCGCCCCCAAUCCGAGGCCCGGAGCGGCUGAGCCCGCCCAGCAUCAACCUGUACCCGGAGGCGGUGGCGCUGUCCCGGGCAGUGGCUCUCUUCAUCAAGGACAGCGACUGGAACUCUUACACGCUGCUUUAUGAUGAUGAAAAUGGCCUAAUAAGACUUCAAGAGAUUCUAAAGCACGCGGACCAAGAGCACAGGUGGUACGUUCGGAAGCUGACUCCGGGCGAGGACAACCGGCCUCUGCUGAAGUCACUGAAGGCGAUGGGGGAGACUCGGGUCAUCCUGGAUUGCCCCGCUGAUAGGGUUAAAGAGUACUUACGGCAAGCCAAUGAGGUUAAAUUCUUUGAAGAUUACAUGAGCUACGUACUAAUGUCUUUAGACGCACAUUCGAUAGAUCUAGGGGAUCUUCGGUACGGUUUGUCUAACGUGACGUGUUUGAGGAUCUUCGACCAUGACGAUGCCAGGACGAGAUCCUUCUUAGCAGAUUGGAAGGCUAGAGGAUCUGAUGACGUCAAAAUACCAAAAGAAAGUCAUGAAAUUACAGUAGAAAUAGCAUUGGCCAGUGAUGCAGCAAGACUGAUCACUGAUGCAGUGGAGAGUGCUCCCGAGGAGUUCAAGUUGGAGACGCAAGAAAUUGAAUGUGGCUCUGACGGGCAAUGGGAAAUCGGAGAAAUGUUCACCAACCACAUAUUGACAAACCCAAUAGUUGGAAUAACAGACCAAAUAGCUUUAGAUAACACGACAGGUGAACGCAUAAACUUUAACGUCGAGAUAAUGGAACUGUCCAACAGUGGUUUCAACCGCAUAGCCAAAUGGAAUGCCGACACAGGCUUUGACUACGUGCGAUCAGCCAGCGAUGUCUCCGGGCUACUAGCAGAGAAAUGGCAAAAUAAAACGUUCAAAGUCGUAUCUCGACUCGGCGCUCCAUACCUUGUAGAGAAAGUACCGGCAGAAGGCGAAGUGCUGACUGGCAAUGAUAGAUACGAAGGCUAUUCCAAAGAUUUGAUACACGAAAUACUAAAGAAUACGUUGAACUUGAAUUACGAGCUUGAAAUCGUCCCGGGAAAUUCUUAUGGAACUUAUAACAAGGAUACGAAAAAAUGGAAUGGAUUGGUGGGAUACCUACUGGAUAGAAAAGCGGAUUUAGCUAUUUGUGAUCUGACAAUAACGUAUGAGAGGCGAUCUGUAGUAGACUUCACAACACCUUUUAUGACUCUAGGGAUCAGUAUCCUGUACUCUAAAGCUACUCCGCCGGAACCUGAACUAUUUUCUUUCCUGAAACCAUUUUCAGUUGAUGUAUGGAUUUACAUGGCAGCCGCCUAUUUAGCGGUGUCUUUAACUCUCCAUGUUUUGGCAAGACUGGCGCCAAAUGAUUGGGAGAACCCGCACCCGUGUGACAAGUCCCCUGAAGAGCUGGAGAACAUCUGGCACAUCAAGAACUCAUGCUGGCUCACCGUCGGAUCCAUCAUGACGCAAGGAUCGGACAUCUUGCCCAAAGGAUAUUCAACCCGGUGGGUGGCUGGCAUGUGGUGGUUCUUUGCCCUCAUCAUGUGUUCGUCUUACACCGCCAAUCUGGCUGCUUUCCUCACAAAUGCUGCCAUGGAUGAUUCUAUCAAGAGUGCUGAAGACUUGAUGUCGCAAACUAAAAUUAAGUACGGUACCCUUUAUGGAGGUUCUACUUAUUCCUUCUUCAAACGGUCAAACGUGUCAACAUACCAAAGAAUGUGGACUGCCAUGGAAGCGUCUCGACCGUCAGUGUUUGUCACCAGCAACGAUGAAGGCCUAGAGAGGGUGUUGAAGAGCAAGAGGAAAUACGCAUACUUCAUGGAGUCUACUGCCAUCGAGUAUCAGUUGGAAAGACAUUGCGAUCUGAUGCAAGUUGGGGGUCUACUGGAUUCUAAGGGCUAUGGGAUUGCUUUGCCAUUCUUUGCAUCGUACCGCACCGCAGUGGACAACGCGGUGUUGAAGCUGGCCGAGAGCGGCAUGCUGGUGGAGCUCAAGAACCGCUGGUGGAAGGUGCCCGAGGGGGAAGGGACUUGCGCUUCAAGCGAAGACGCAGCCGAGGAGUCGUCCGGCGAGCUCGGCGUGGACAACGUGGGCGGCGUGUUCGUGGUGCUGGGCGUGGGCUGCGGCAUGGCGGCCGGCAUGGGCGCGCUCGAGUUCCUGUGGCACGUGCGCGACGUGGCCAUCGAGCAGAAGAUGUCCCAAAUGGACGCGUUCUGGGCCGAGCUGACCUUCGCCAUCAGCUUCUGGGAGACGGAGAAGCCGGUGGCGCACUCCCGGCCCUCGUCUUCAGCAUCAGGAUCCAACAACGUCUCCAGAGCCUCUUCAGUGCUGCGGUCCGCCGCUGAUCUGUUCAACGUUUUUAAUAAGUAAUAGAAGAAUGUUUUUUAGUUUGAG